AUGCGUUUCAAAGGAUAUCGUGCUGUAAGAAUAAAAGAGCUUGAUGAGCAAUCCUCUUCAGACCUUGUCCAAGUAUUGCUUCCAGAAGCAAGCAAGUCUGAUGGAUUAAAAGUUGCAAAGAAAUGCGGGAGCGUACCACUGGCAAUGAAGUUGUUGUGUUCCUUGAUUUCGGAGGAUGGUACAGAGACAUCAAGUGAGUCUAUUAACAUGUUCUUGAAUACUUCAGACAACAUUCUGGAAAUGUUGGAUAACCCAGACUACCCCAGUAAUAUGAGGUUGAAGUGUCUUUUUGACGCCUCGUUUCAGAAACUUUCUGCAAAGGAAAAAGAAGCACUGGUCUCACUUUCCAUUCUUCCCGAACACUUUGACAAGGAGACCGUAUCAGCUGUUUUAGGAAUGAAUUCAAUCCACGCCGUACAAGUUCUGAAGAGACUCAAGAGAACGUCUCUCAUUGAUUUUAGUUCGAAAGCCGAGGAAUAUUCCAUUCAUAAGCUCAUACUGUCAUUUGUGCAGGAAAAAGGGGAAAGUGAGAUGAAAGAAACGGUUCUCAACUCCAAAGUACGCUAUUUCGAACUGUAUAUUUCACUAUUCGAGAGGCUAACAGAGACGUUCCUGACAGGAUAUUCUAUGUCGGCUUACCUUGAGUAUUUUAAGAAUGAGAAGCGUGCACUGGAUAUCCGGUUAAAAGCUCUGGGUGAAGACCAUUCACAAACCGCUGACAGCUAUCAUCAAGUAGGAGUUACUCAACAUUCGCUUGGAGACUUUGUCUCAGCCCUUGAGUCAAACAAGCAUGCACUGGAUAUCCGGUUAAAAGCUCUGGGUGAAGACCAUUCACGAACCGCUGACAGCUAUCAUUCCUUAGGAGUUACUCAACAUUCACUUGGAGACCUUGUGUCAGCCCUUGAGUCAAACAAGCGUGCACUAAAUAUCCGGUUGAAAGCUCUGGGUGAAGACCAUUCACAAACCGCUGGCAGCUAUCAUUCCUUAGGAGCUACUCCACAUUCACUUGGAGACUGUGUCUCAGCCCUUGAGUCAAACAAGCGUGUACUGGAUAUCCGGUUAAAAGCUCUGGGUGAAGACCAUUCACAAACCGCUGACAGCUAUCAUUCCUUAGGAAUUACUCCACAUUCACUUGGAGACCUUGUCUCAGCCCUUGAGUCAAACAAGCGUGCACUGGAUAUCCGGUUAAAAGCUCUGGUUGAAGACCAUUCACGAACCGCUGACAGCUAUCAUGAAGUAGGAGUUACUCAACAUUUACUUGGAGACUUUGUCUCAGCGCUUGAGUCAAACAAGCGUGCACUGGAUAUCCGGUUAAAAGCUCUGGGUGAAGACCAUUCAGAAAUAGCUGACAGCUAUGACUCGUUAGGAGUUACUCAACAUUCACUUGGAGACUUUGUCUCAGCCCUUGAGUCAAAGAAGCGUGCACUGGAUAUCCGGUUAAAAGCUCUGGGUGAAGACCAUUCACAAACCGCUGAAAGUUAUCAUUCGUUAGGAGUUACUCAACGUUCACUCGGAGAUCUAGUCUCGGCCCUUCACUCAGCUAAACGUGCACUCGAUAUCAGAAUAAAGGUCCUUGGGGAAGAACAUUCAAGAACCGCCGACAGUCGAUUUAUGGUGAAGUAUAUAGAAAAGUCUCUGUCAAGAAACUCGUGA